AUGCAGCCAAAAACUAUCGAUAAAAUUUUUCCAUCGCCGUUUCCUACAAGAGGAAGUACAAAAACGACAAAAUCACACCUACCAAGAAACCAAACAACAGCAAAAUCACUCGAAACCACAAGGAAACCAUCAAAAACAACCUCGAAAUCAUCAAAAAUAACAUCAGAUUCACUGAAAACAACAACGAAAUCACCAAAAUCAACAACGAUUUCACCAUCACCACCAACAACAACGACAACAACAAUAGCAAAAACAACAACAGCCGUAGUCACACUGACAAUAAUAUCUAUCGUCUUGUUUAUACGCCCAGUCUGCCCUAUGCUGCAAGAUAACAAAAAAAUUGAAAUAAAAAUUAUCUCCAUGCAUCCAAAUCACAGACAUCUAAGCAACAACAACAACAACAACACUAACAACAGCUACAACAGCUACAACAGCAACAAAAAAAGCCACAGCAGCAACAACAACGACCACAGCAGCCACUACAACAGCCACAACAACAACAAUAACAUUGGUAUAGAGAAGAAUAAUAACGUGAAUAAAAAUAAAAAAGACAAUAACAUCGGGGAUUACGAAAGAUUAAGCCUAAAUGGGAACAUUUUUAACAAGCAUGUUGCCUAUGAAUUCAAAAAUAGCAACUUUGGUGACGCUAAAGAUAGUAAAGAUAGUAAAAUUAGUAUCAGUAACAGUAGUAAGAGUAGCAGCAGCAGCAGCAGUGGUAGUAGAGAGGUUAAGAAAAAGAAAUUCGAUUACGUACCUGGUAAUAUCAUCAGACUUCAGACCAAUAAAAAAGAUAUAAAGUAUAAUGGAGAGUACAGAAACGAUAUCAUGCAGAGUGAUGAUGACGACGACGACGAUGAUGGUGAAAUUAAUAAUAAUAAUAACAAUAAUAAUAAUAAUAACAAAAAUAAUAAUAAUAAUAACAAAAAUAAUAACAAUAAUAUUAAAGUAGGUAGUGAUAGCAAUGAUGAUGAUGAAGGUGAUGAGAGUGAUGACUAUGCUGACGAUGAUGCCAACAUUAAAGCAAACGGUGGUGAUGAUGAUAAUGAUGACGGUAUAGUCACAGAUGAUGAUGAUGAUAAAACAGGAGGCAGUAAUAGUGAUGAUGAUAAAUAUAAAGAAAAAGUUAUUGAUAAUGAUAAAGGUGGUGGUGGUGAUGAUGAUGGCCAGAAAGUAUUUCAAAAAAGAGGUCUCAAGUUUCCAAGGAAAUUGUGA